UUGACUUCUUUCUUUAUAGGCUAUAAUGCUUGUGUUUUUGCUUAUGGACAGACUGGUUCUGGUAAGACAUUUACAAUGAUGGGCACUCCGGAUAAUCCCGGUCUCAUACCGCGCAUUUGUCAAGAGCUUUUUGCGCGUAUGCGUGUUGGUCAAGAGUCUGGCACUGGUUAUAAAACACAUGCGAGCUAUCUGGAAAUCUAUAACGAACGCGUAAAAGACUUACUCGGACCACAAACCACUGGACAUGGUUUACGCGUACGUGAACAUCGUACACUGGGUCCAUACGUGGAGAAUCUAUCACAGCAUGCUGUAUCCGAUUUUGAUGAAAUUCAGGAAUGUAUUACGCGUGGCAAUAUGCAACGUACAACUGCCAGUACUAAUAUGAACGAUACCAGCAGUCGCAGUCAUGCCAUCUUUACGAUAACAUUUGUGCAGGCUGUCUUCAUGAAUGACAUGCCAAGCGAAACUGUUUCUAAAAUACAUUUGGUGGAUUUGGCGGGAAGUGAACGUGCCAACGCGACUGGAGCAACUGGUCAACGCCUGAAAGAAGGGGCUCACAUUAAUAAAUCGCUCGUGACGCUGGGCAGUGUGAUCUCAGCGUUAGCGGAGCAAACAGGCACAACAACGAGUUAUGUGCUGAACACAACCACCGUAUCGAAACGUAUCCUUUAUGUACCUUAUCGUGAUUCCAUAUUGACAUGGCUGUUGAAGGACAGUCUAGGAGGCAAUAGUAAAACGAUUAUGAUAGCAGCACUAUCGCCAGCCGAUUGCAAUUACAGCGAAACACUGAGUACGUUACGUUAUGCCAAUCGUGCCAAGAACAUUAUUAACAAACCGACAAUCAAUGAGGAUGCAAAUGUGAAACUUAUACGAGAAUUGCGUGAAGAGAUCAAUAAACUGAAGUCUAUGUUAACUGGUGAUAUUCAUUCACUACAACCUUCGCUUAAGAUGCUAGAAGAUUUGCAAAAGAAAGAAGCACAAGAAAAAGUAUUAACAGAAGAGUGGACGGAGAAGUGGAAAGAAGCUCAAUCUAUAUUACAAGAGCAAAAGAGUUUAGGUUUACGUAAGUCGGGAGUUGGCGUUGUGUUGGAUUCCGAAAUGCCACAUCUGAUAGGCAUACAUAAUGAUGUGACGACAGGAGUUACACUAUAUAGUUUAAAGGAAGGUGAAACUCUUAUUGGUACUGAUGAUAGCGAUAUACCACAAGAUAUUGAAUUGACUGGUGAUGGAAUACGACCACAACAUUGUAGCAUUGUGCUAAGAGAUGGUGUAAUUACUUUACAUCCACGUUUAAUGGCGCAAUGUUGGUUGAAUGCACGUCUUAUAGAUGAACCAACAAAUAUAUCGCAGGGUGAUAUUAUUUUAUUGGGUCGUACCAAUAUAUUUCGCUUUAAUAAUCCAGCUGAAGCGGCGAAAUUACGUAAAGAUCUUAGUCGUUCACAAUUGGAUAUGUCGCGUUUAUCACUGAUAACUUCUUCGCGUGAAAAUCUGCUCAGUUCGAGUUUUUAUGCUGAUGAAGAUGCUUUGAGUACUAGCAUGACGAGUACUCCACCAAAACGUGAAAGACAAUAUUAUCCUACAAAACCGAUGACACGUGAUGAUCCCGAAUUGCAAGAUGAAAAUCGAAAAAUACUGGAAACUAUUGAAAAUGCACUAAAGCAGUUGAAUAUUGAAAGAGUUCAGAUGCAUGAUCAGUAUAAAAAUAAAGUACAAAAACUGACUGAUGAGCUAAAGCGCUUAGUCAAAGAAGAAUCAGACUGUUUGGAAGUUCUACGUUGUAGAGAAAAGGAACUUUUGGCUCGAAAAGACAUGUUAUUAUGGGAAAAGAAUAACGAAAAAGUUCAGAUUAAUAUGAACGUUAAAAAGUACACUGAAUAUUAG